AUGGCCUCGGUAUGGAAACCUAAGAAAGGAAUGAUCGCGCGUGAAGUCUCAACUAACCUCUUCCUCUUCUAUUUCGUUCAUGAGCUUGAUAUUCAGAAAGUCCUCAACGAAGGCCCAUGGUCCUACGAACAGAGCCUCCUCCUCCUCAAGCAGAUUGAACCAAACACUCCUCCUCAUGGAAUCCAUCUAACCCAUGCAGAUUUUUGGGUCCAAGCUUAUAACAUCCCCACCGGUAUGCGAACUACGAAAACAGCAAAAAUGGUAGGAGCCUUCAUUGGAUCUUUCAUUUCGGCAAAUAUCAGCAUUCUUGAAGGCCUCUGGAAAGAUUUCAUGCGCGUUCGUGUCAGAAUGGACGUCUCAAAGCCCCUAAAUAGGAAGAUGAGGGUCAAACCCUCCUCUGGUUAUCCUUUUUACAUUGAGUUCAAAUACGAACGCUUACCUACUUUCUGCUUCCUCUGUGGCCUAAUUGGACAGAAUGAGUAA